GCGGCGGCGCAGGGCGUUGGGCGGGGGCGGCGGCGCAGGGCGUUGGGCGGGGGCGGCGGCGCAGAUCCUCCGCAGAGGCGACGGCGACGACGACGGGUUCGGCGGUGGCUGACGGCAUGCCUAUCUUCCAAACUCGUUGGUCGGCAAAGCGGCUGCGUGAAAUAGCCAAUGAAAUCAAAGGGGAAAAGAGAGAUAUAAUAAGCAAGUCCAGCUUCGGGAUUUGCUAUUUAUAUCUCCUUUGGUCCCUCCUCCUGAAGAGCUUCUUGAUUUCAUUGUUAUGAACAUUGACCCUAAGAAUCGUGUGCUGAAGAUUAAUGACCACAAGCAGAUCCACUUUUCAAAAGACAUGGUUAAGAAGAUAUUCAAUGUACCAUAUGGUAGCAGACCGAUAGAGUUUGGGAAGAGGGGCAAAGCUGAUUUCCGUGAAGUUUAUCUGGGCGGCGGGGAUAGGGCUCCGAUAGCCACCGCAGUUUCCGUCUUAUCAAAAGCAGAUGAUGAUGAUGACACCAUCGAGAGGUCAUGGGUAUUACUGUGCCUCGCUUUGGUCCUAGCUCCUGGGACAGGAAACAUGGUCCCCUAGAUUAUCUUUACACCCUACGAGAUAUGAGUAUGGUCCAUGAGUUCGAGUGGGAUGAGCAUAUCCUGUGUGAUGUGACAAGAGAAGUUAAAAAUACCAAGAUAAGAGGAAUGAGGGUAGAGGGAAAUUUCUCAUCGGUGGAUGUAUACCAAUGCUUCCGAUAAUUUACAUGGACCAUCUUGAUGUGCCAAGAGGAUGCUUAGUUGAUCACACCAUCAACUACUCGCUUCCUAGAGCUUGUUUUGUUCAUGAAAGGGACUUUUAUGCUGUUGUCGCAGUGGACACCCUAGAUGAUGGGUUUGGGAAGCGUCCAUUCAGGACCAAUACACCGUACGCAGUAGUUGAGUUCAUGUCAUAUAUAGAUCAUCAUCGCCAAGGAGCUGCCAGUGAACAUGUCACAGAGGAAUUGCCGGAAAUCAGCAACCAAGGGGGUGCUGUUGGGGGCGCAACACACACUCCAGAUGUGCCUGAGAGCUCCCACAUGCAAGAAAAUGUACAUGUGGGAGCAGAUGCGGGUUCUCAAAGCCCACCUCACGCUGGCACAGGGGGUACCAAUGGGAGCGCAGAGCAUGUGCAUGAGCCGCCUCCAUCUAACACAGAGAGUGGUGACGACGUGUGCGGCUCUUUGGAGGAGUGGCUCCAUGCAUUGCCGAUAAUCGAGGAGUUAGAGUUGCCCCCACAGAUGCAAGUCAUAUUUAACAAGCACAAAGAGCUCCAUGCCAGAGAACUUAAUGUUGCAUUCAGCUCAUUUGGGAGGAUCUUGCAAGGCAUGUACUGCAAGCGAAUGGGCCUAAUAUUGUCUGAGGCACACAAAGCUGAGUGCAGCAUUCAUGGACAGAGAGCCGAAGGUGAAGGCAUCACUUUCAGUGUACCAGGGGGGUCUUCUGCUGCAGGCAUGUCUGAUAGGACUGCAACUGAACCUUUUGCGCAACAGCCCAAGCAUCCAGAGCAGCCCAACAUUCAUCCUGUCAUUGUACCGUCUCCGCAACAGCCCAAGCAACCAGCCACUGCCACUGUACCAUCUCCGCAACAGCCCAAGCAACCAGCCACUGCCACUGUACCAUCUCCGCAACAGCCCAAGCAACCAGCCACUGCCACUGUACCAUCUCCGCAACAGCCCAAGCAACCAGCCACUGCCACUCUACCAUCUCCGCAACAGCCCAAGCAACCAGCAGUGGAAGUAGGUCAAAACAACGACAAUGAUCAGAGCAAUGGCAGGGGAGAAGACUCAGGCAGCAAGGUAAACAUCACUAAAUUUAAGCCUCCUCGCAGCCCAAGCUUCGCACAUGUGAAUCUGACGAGGAGGCCAGGCACGCUUGAAGACGAACCUUCUUUUGGAUUGUUUGAACCGGGGAGUGAUGAUGAUCUACUAUUUCAGGAGUUUCCUCAAGUUCGUACAUCCCCUGUAAAAACUUCUGUUGCAGAUUUGGACUCCUUGUCGAUCCGUACGAGGAGCCCUUUGUUUGGUGAAUCUCCGGCUACCUCAGCUGGGCCAGUUUACGAUGUGACUCCCAUCGCAACACGUCCUCCAAUUUCGACAGGCCCUGCAGAAGCAGGAGUAGCUGAGACAAGAGAGGAGGUGGUGAUUGAAGUGAGCAGCGGGGGAAAACGUGAUGCGAAGAAGCCCACACUCAAGAGAGUUGCAAAAUUGCCAGAAAACGCACCGAAGCUGAAGAGGAUGAAGAAGAUCAAAGUUAAUGCUUCCGAUGAUGCCAUAUAUAAGUAAUACUGUUGCACAAAUUACCACAUAAAGGACCCUCCAGAAGGCGAGCCCUUACCUCCAUUCAUUAGGAUAGGUGGGUUUUAUGUUUCUUUCAAGCAUUUCAGCAACGGGCUAAAAAAGCGAGCACAUUU